AUUUGUCGCCAUUCGCCAACAUCUCUGAAACGCGCGUGUAUUGUACAGUGAUUCGAAGGCACUAUGUUGUGUAAACAAAUUGUGAGUGAUAUAAUUUACGGAUGGUAGCAUUAAAAUCUGGCAUUCAGAGUUAUUCUUAUAUUUUUGAAUGUGAGGCUAGCUUUUACGUAGAUAUGAUUUCAAUUGUUGCAAAAUUAUCUAGGUACUUACUAGGUUCCACAGAUUCGGAAUUAGAAACUUCAGAAAAAGAUUUUAGUGUUGUUGAUCUUCUGUCUUCACUAGAGCAGAAUGCAGCCAGCAAUGAAUCGUGUGCUCCUUCAGAAAUUGAGGGUAGUGUUGUACAAGACCUUUCCAAAGACAGUUGUUGCUGUUACAGAGUGGGAGUAGUAACUCAUGUACAUUCGGAUUAUGCCCUGAUUGAUGAUGAGGUGUAUUGUGAUUUGAAUGACCCUGCAUACCGCAAUAUAAAGGUCGGAAACAAAUUGGAAUAUCUUGCCUUCCGUUUAAGGCCGUCGGACGAAUGGAGAGUUAAGAAAAUUUACUCUAUACAAGAAGAAAACUGGGAAAAUUCUGAGCCAUUAAUUGAAAAGCGAGAGACCCUGUCUAGGAGUAUUGUUGGACAAGUAAUGAGCAGAGAUGGCAGAAAUGUCAUUAUAUCAGAUAAACUCAAAUUUAGCUUGGAUGACGUCUCUUGUGACUUCAUACCAGUUGAAGGUUUGUGUAUUACAAAGGAUAUUCCAUUACAUCCAAUGUUAGUUUGUGUAUUUUUUUUAAACGCGUUUUCUUCGUGUCUGAUUUCAGGAGACUGGAUACUAAUUGAUGCUCUUGUUGAAUUGGAUGGUAGUAUAGCAAAUUUGGAAGGAGAAAUUUUACAUUUAUUUUCCGUACGAGCGUUGCGAUCACGUAUUGUCACCGGACGCAUAACAAAUUACGAAAGUACAGGUGAUGGUCUCGUGGACAAGUCGAUAUAUUUCAGCAAGGAAGUCUGUGAACCAGGUUACGUACCUGAGUUACGGGACGAAGUUAUAGUUGAGGCGAUUGAAAGUACAAGGCAGUCGGUAUUGUGGCGUGCUCUUAGCGUUGUCCCAUUGCAUACAAGCAACACAGGACAACACAACUACAGCAAAAGUAAAGUAGAACAGAAGAAACCUGUUUUGGAAUCAAUCUCUGUAAAUGGUGUCACUGUUACUCCUGCUGUUCUACAAUCUGGCGAACUGAAGAUAGGCGAAGAAAAAGAAAUCUCAGUUACUUUGCUGAACACUGGACAAACAAAACAGGUAGUGAAAUUUUGCCAAUUUUUAAGUCAAAUGUCAUGGUCACAGCUUCGUUUGAAGUCUCCGAGUAUUGAUAAGCUAAUAGUGUUGCACCCUGGAAAAAGUUUUUCCUAUUAUUUUAUUUGCCAUGGAAGAUAUGCAGGUUGCCACACAGAGAAAUUCAGAUUUGUUUUUAAGGGCUUCAAAAUAGAGAUUGCAGUGGAAGUGAGGGUGAGAGAUGAUUCACAGAGUAAUAAUGUUAGAAAUUCACAGUCUGGUAAAAUGAAAUUUGAUACAUUAGAUGCAAUCAAACGAGAGAAUGAUGUAAGUGGCAGAUUGCUUAUUACAGGUGUGAAGCCUAGGAAGGCACCUCCUUUUGUGCCUGUUCGAAUAGGUCAAUACGUAGUGCCAAAAUAUCUUUGGCAGUUUGUUUAUACAGUUGAAAGUCAAAGAAAAAGUGGCAUUGAACAAAGUGAAAGUUUAACAAGUGUUGUUCCAUAUUUAUCUGACAUUCUCAGUUUUAUAAAUUACAGUGAUUUUUUCCACACACUGUUGCACCUGGAAGAAAUUUCAGAAACAAUUAAGAUGAGGCAGUAUGACCUAACAAAUGUGACCUUCAGGAUUACUGGCCCAGGUGCAGAAUUCCUAGCACUAGAAGUUCCUGGUUUAGCCGAGAAAAGACCAUCCCUUCUUGUUGGUGACAAAGCUAUUGCUGGGCUAAGUUCAAACAAAGGAAUGGAAUAUGAAGGAUUUGUUCAUGAAGUUUACCAGAGAGAAGUUUGGUUGAAGUUCAAUAAAAAUUUUCACCUCGCAUAUAAUGGAGAAGAAUAUGAUGUAACGUUUCGAAUAAGCCGUAGUGGAUACAUGAGAUGUCAUGCUGCAGUUGAUCUUGCAGUUAAAAACCUUGGUUCUGACAUGCUCUUCCCAACAACAGUUACUCUAAAAUCACCACAGCUUCAUAUUGAUGAUGAUGAUGAUGAUGAUGAUGAUGAUGAUGAAGGGCAGCACCAGAAGAGAACUUCCAGCACUUCUAGUACAAAGGAUAAAAUAGAUUUUGCAAGGCGUAAAAUACAGUGGUUUAAUAGAAAUCUAAAUAUUUAUCAAAAGAAAGCAAUAAAAUGUAUUUUAAAAGGAGAAGCCCGUCCCCUUCCAUAUGUAAUAUUUGGUCCACCAGGAACAGGCAAAACAGUCACACUGGUAGAAGUUAUUCUUCAAAUAUUUCAUCUGAUACCUGAUAGCAGAUUGGUUGUUGCUACGCCAUCAAAUAGUUCUGCUAAUCUUGUGGCUCAGCGAUUACUGGAGUCAGGUUUGCUCCAACCUGGCGAUAUGGUAAGACUUGUGGGUUAUCGGUACCUGGAGGAAGGUGGAAUGCCUGAGGAUCUCAUUCCUUACUGUCUCUGUGCUGAAGUAGAACAAUCACAUCUGAUGGGAAGACAUCGGAUUACUGUAGGUACUUGUGUUGCACUUGGCCAGUUGUUCAUUGCAGGAUUGCCUCGUGGCCAUUUCACACAUGUACUGGUGGAUGAGGCUGGACAAGCACUUGAACCAGAACUGCUUAUUCCUGUUGCGGGAUGCCUUGAUAAGAAGUUGGGUCAGGUGGUGCUGGCAGGUGACCCACAACAACUGGGCCCUAUAGUAUCAUCAGCUGCAGCCAAGGAAUAUGGGCUUGGCGAGUCAUACUUGUCUCGUCUCCUACACUGCCCCCCCUAUUUGCGAGACACAGCUGGGUUUCCUGGCACAGGUUAUAACCCCCGACUUGUAACAAAGUUACUGUACAAUUAUCGUUCACUGCCUGAGAUUCUUGAAGUGCCUAACAAAAUGUUCUACAACAGUGAGUUAAUUGCUCAGAUAUCUGAAAAAGAAAGCAAUGAAGCAAAACUUCUGGCAUCAGUUGAGUCUAUACUGCCAUCACGUUCAUCACCACCUGCAGUUGUAUUUCAUGGUGUUAUUGGCACAAACUAUCAGGAUGCUGAAUGUCCAUCAUGGUAUAACCCAGAGGAAAUUGUCAUUGUAACUUCGUACAUCCAAAAACUUUACAAAUUGGGUCUGACUGCUGAUCAAAUUGGAGUCAUCACACCAUAUCAAAGACAGGUUAAACGACUCAGGGAUGUUCUUAAACAGUUGGAAACAUCUAUUCCUAAAAUUGGCUCAGUAGAAGAGUUUCAAGGUCAAGAACGCAUGGUGACUAUUCUCUCAGCAGUUCGAAGUAAUGCUUAUCAUAUUAAAGAUGACAUUAGGCGUGCACUGGGGUUUGUUUCAUCACCACAGAGAUUAAAUGUGGCUAUUACAAGGGCACGAGCUUUGCUGGUAGUUGUAGGAAAUCCAGUUCUCUUAGCACGUGAUCCAUUCUGGCGAAUUCUGGUAUCAUUCUGUAUCAGCAGAAACUGUUAUAUUGGAUGUGAUUUGCCAGUGAGUAUUCAGAACAUGUGUGAUAAUCAGUUAGACAACACAUAGUUGUUAUUGAGUUCAAAAACUUUGUUCUCCCAUAUGAAAUGUUUGGCCAGUACUGUACAACCAGUGUGCAGGAUUGUUCUUGAUUUCUAACAAAUAUGUAAAUACAGGAUAAGUAUAUGACUUGAAGUGGCACUGUGCUGCCAUAUGUGGAAAAUGCGUGUCAGACCCAUGUACUGAGAAACAGUGAUGAACCAUUUUUUGUUAGCAUUAACAGAGAGAUAAUUUAAAGCUU